CGCAGUUGAACGGACGUAGAAAAAAGCGCUGUUCUAGUCAACCAUAAACAUAUAUAUUUAUAUAUUUAUAUACACGCGAUGGGUUUGCGAGGUUCCAAGUCAAAGAAAAGCUACCAAGUAGCUGCGGCCAACUCUCAAAAUCAGAGAAAGGCUUCGAUUAAGGCCUCUAAUAAAGAUGACACGGUUGCGGAGUCUAUUACCGCAGUGCCAACGACUCCAACCCCUGAGGCUGACCCACCCGCAAUUGAAAAGGCCAACCUUGGCCCAGAGUGGUUGAAUGAGACGCAAUUUGAAGAAUUACUCACUGCGAAUGUUGAUAAGUUCUCAAAGAUAGUGGGAUUCCGGGUGAAACCCGCUAUGGCGCCGGGAGAAAACUAUGCCACUCUUAUGCUGAGGAUCAGCAUUGAUGUGGAGCUCACUGACAAGACCACCAAAACGGUCGCCUUCAUGAUGAAGGUUCCCCACAAAACUCCCCAAAUGGAACAGAUGCUAGCCAUGGCCAACUUCUUCAAUACCGAGAAUGCUGCCUACACAGAAAUACUGCCGAAACUAGAGGCUCUCUAUAAGUCCAAGGGCCUGGACAUUACCUUUGCCCCCAAAGCAUUUAGGUUGGACGCCACGAAGGAACCCAAUCUGGCUAAUACUGUGCUGAUGAAUGAUUUGGGCCAAGAUGGAUACAAGAACCUGAAUCGCCUGGAGUGCCUUAACUUGGAGCAAACUAAGUUGGCCCUGAAGAAGCUUGCCCAGUUCCAUGCAGCUUCGGCAGUAAGCGUGGAGGUUAAUGGACCGUUUCCGGAUGUUUUUGUCAACGGAAUGCUGGGUGGUAACAAAGAGGCCAUGUUGGCUUUCUUCGAGGCUAUGAUAACCCCCUUUAAAACGGCUUUCUUGGCCAAUCUGAAGAAUUUUAAGAACGGAGAAGAGUUUCGUGAGAAGCUGGUCACGGCUUUCUCGCAGGUCGCCUCGGACUUCGAGCAUCUAAUUAAGAUCGAUCCAUCAGAGUUCAAUGUUCUAAAUCACGGCGAUUGCUGGAUGAACAAUCUGCUCUUCAAGCUCGACUCGAAGGGCGAUGUGGAAGACGUAGUCUUUGUUGAUUUCCAAAAUCCCAAAUACGGUUCUCCCACGCAGGAUCUGUUCUACUUUAUCAUGACCUCAGUGCACAUAGACUACAAGCUGGAUUACUUUGACUUCUUCGUCAGGCAUUAUCACGAACAGCUGACCAAACACCUGGAUCUGCUGGGUUUUAAGGGAGCUCAGCCCUCUCUCCGGGAUUUGCACAUGAUGAUGUACAAGUACGGAAGCUGGGCCCUCUUCCCCGCUAUCACGGUGCUGCCAGUGGUGCUCCUGGAUCCCAGUGAGUCGGCCACUUUUGACAAUUUCCUAGGCGAUUCCGAUGCUGGUACAAAGUUUAAGAACCAACUAUACGAAAACAAGCGCUACCAAGGAUACAUCGAAAAGAUCCUGCCCUGGCUGGACAAUCGGGGAUUUAUGGAGGCCUACGUUCCGCCAGCACCAGUUCAAACCCGGUCAACGAGUCCUGCACAGCAGUCCCAGCCUGAAAAUUCCGAACAGAUCUUGAACUGGUUGAGUGUGGGCGACUUUAAGGAAAUCAUUGCCUCUAUUGAACCCCAGUUUGAGAAGAUUUUAAAUGGCACUUGGAUAUCAGCAACAAAACCCGGAGAACACUUUGCAUCUUCGCUAUUGAAGAUUGACAUACAGGCCCAGUUAAAAGACAAUAGUACCAAACCGUUCUCCUACAUUCUGAAGGUGCAUCCACCCUUUACCGGCAUUGAUAACUUCACGGACCUUAACAUGUUCCCCAAGGAGAUUGAGAUGUAUAGCAAAUAUGUGCCUGCGUUUGAGAAGCUCUUUAAGGACGCCGGCUGUUCGGUUACCUUUAGUGCCAAGUCCUUUGUUUUAACUAAGCCCGUCAAGGAAGAGUACCUUCUCAUGGAGAAUCUUCAAAGCAGUGGCUUCAAGAUGGCCGAUCGCAUGAAGGGACUGGACAUGGAGCACAUGAAGAGCUGUCUGAAGAAACUGGCCCAAUGGCAUGCAGCUUCCAUUAAGUACAAAGAGCUCAAUGGACCGUAUCCCCCACUAUAUAAGGACGGUAUUUAUAUAGAGCAAACACGUGACACUUUCCAAAAUAUGUUUGCCUCGGCUAAGAAAUCGUAUAUUGAAGUCUUGGGAAAGUUUGACGGGGCAGAGGAGUAUGUAGGCAAGCUGUCCUGGAUCCUGGACAACCAUGUGGAUCAGGUUUUGCAAGAUGCUGAAAUCGACGAGACAGAGUUCAAUGUGCUCAACCAUGGCGAUGCUUGGAUCAACAACAUAAUGUUCCAAUACGACGCCGAGGGGCACCUCAAGGAGACCUUCCUGCUGGAUCAUCAGAAUGCCAAAUAUGGCAAUCCAGCCCAGGAUCUAUACUACUUCAUUAUGAGCUCGGCGGAAUUAGACCUUAAAGUCGAUAAGUUUGACUAUCUGAUCAGAUACUAUCACGAGAACCUCACUGAGUACGCCAAAUUGUUGAAGUACAAUGGAGUUGUUCCCUCGCUGAGUGAACUGCAUGCAAUUCUGAUAAGGCAUCCAGCUUUCGCUGCUGGCACUGUCAUUAGUACACUUACAGUCUGCCUAAGAGAGAGCGAUGAGGAUUUCAACACCGAAGCAUUUUUCACAGAAAACGAGGAAUCCGAAGCCUUUAGACUAAAGUUAUUCGGUAAUGAGCGUUACAGGGCCCAUAUCGAACGCAUUAUGCCCUGGCUCAAUAGAAGAGGUCUACUCGAGGCUUGAAGGAGUUUUCCCAAUUUGAUGUGUUCUGGCUGGGACUACCGAGUAGCAUGCCUUUGAAUAUCCUUGCUGGGACAAGAGGAUGGUAUUACUAUUACUAUUAUGUAUAACUAUUUUUUUAAUGUUAUUUUUGACUUUGUUAAAUUA